GUUAGACCUAGAAUGUUUAAAAUAAUUUCAUAUAUGAAUUAGGGUUGGGUUAGAUUAGGGUUAGGGUUAGUUAGGGUUAGGGUUAGGAUUAGGGUUAGUUAGGUUAGGGUAAGGGUUAGGGUAAGGGCAUAGGUUAGAAAAUAGUUUAGGAAAAAGAGAGUAUCGGGGCUUAGCUUCUAGUUUUGAUUUUUUUUAUUUAAAUAGAUACUAAUACUUUAACUUGUUUAUUUAGAUGGCUUUAAAUCUAGCAAUUGCAAGUAAUUUUCACCAAGUUUUAGAAAAUCUUUUACAACAGUUUAUUGAGCAACAAACACUAUCACUUUCAGCACAAGAUGAUGAUUUAACUGAAAAAUUUUUAGGUAUUUCAAAUCCAAUUCAACACAAAGGCAAAGGCCGACCUGCAAAUAAGAGAUAUUUGUCGGCUAUUGAAAAUCGUUCUAAUAGAAAUGCAAAUUCAAGAAAUCAAGAUCAGGACGAAGUUUCGGAAGGAUCAAGAAAGAAAAACAAGCGGCAAUGUGCUCUAUGUAAGUCAUGGUAUCAUGACUCAAGAAAUUGCCCUUCAAAAAAUAAAGAACAAGAUAAAGAAAAUAUUUAGAUAGUUUUAUUUGUUAUUUAAUCAGCAUAUGCGUUAUAUUUUAAUUUAAUAAAAUAAAGUUGUUUACG